CGAGUACGACAUACUUUAUCGGAGCUAUUGAGCCUGGGUUACCUGUGAUGGAAACGGCGUCCCCAUACGCGCAUGCCGAAAACGUACGUACUGUACGAUUGAUUCCAGAUCUCAAAGGAUGAGCAAAACCUGUACUAAAAAGAUUUGCUUCAAUGUCACGUCUUAAUUGAAGUGUCUCGUUUCAGAAUAUGAGCAGUAAUUGAGAAUAACAUAUAUUUCAAAAUCAGUUAUCGGAUAAAUUGACAAAUAAAAUGGCGACAUGGCAAUUAUCGAAGGGAGAAUGCAUGCAUGAUCGAAAUGAUCUAUGGGUUUUUCUUGAUGGGAAAGCCCAACUGAUUGGUAAAUAUUGACUCCAUUUAGUCUCAAUUUUCACGUAAGGUGAACCAAAACUUGAAGUGAAGAAAUUUUGUAAAAAGCGUAACCAUAUUCCCUUUCGGUCGUGCAAUCUCCGUAUGGCCGUUCGCCCCUGCACUCAAGAAAAAAUCUAAAUGUUGAGGUUUGCAAAAUACAGGGGCGGAUCCAGGGGAGGUGCUUUGGAUGCGGAAGCACCCCCUUUUUGCAUUGUUUUAUAGUAGUAUAAACGUUUGUUUGUACUCCUGUUGUACUUUUUUAUCGACAAAAUGGGUAGCAUAUAUAUACAUAACAUGUGUCUGCCACUAUGAGAAGUCAGUAGUCAAAGAUACGUUUCAAUUAAAGUCAAUUUGCUUCUGGUCAACUUGUGCAUAUUUUUCUUGCUCUGGACAAUACGCAGCUAACAAAAAUGAUCAGUCCCAUCUGCUAUACUUAGUUUAAUUAGCUAUAUAUUACUGACAAAAGUACCUCCCCUUAUACAAUGCUGGAUCCCACCUGAAAUAUGAUGUACGUCUUUCUGUUUAGGAUACGAAAAAGGUCCACAGCCGUAUUACUUGUCUACGUGGUUCCUAGUCUUAAUGGGGCUUUUAGCAUUACUUCUGAUUCUUCUGUUGAUCCUUUGCUUGUGCGUUAGAUCUAGAAAGAGUGGCUCAAAGUAUCCUGUUCGUAAAAGAGAAGAAGAGAGAGGUAUUAAUUUUGCUGUGAAAGAAGAUGAGCCGAUUGAUCUAGGAAGGUUAGACGAAAAUGCCCCACUCCACCCWACACGACAGGACUCAACGGAGCCUUCAGAAAGCUCCAAAGUGGAAGAUGAUGACCGUGAGAGCCUGGACGAUGACGACGAAGAAGGCGCAGGGUUCGGGGAGAACGGCUCAUUCACUGAGGAGUAUGGUGACGACAAGAAGAUACUCUMUGACGACAAGCGCAAGUCCGAUAUUGUUUAACCACAACUCACCGCGGUUGUAUCUCAAUUUAUUUUUUUAGGUUUCGGGGUAUUCUUAGAGGCAUUUCAAAUUUUAAAGAAGUCUACACUAAAUUUAGAGAGCUUAAGUAUGACGUCUACGGCAAACUAGCUGCGAACGGCAGAAAAGAUCACGUGACCUGCUUUUGGGGGUUAUUUUGAGUUUGCCACAAUCGUGAAAAGUCGCUCUUUCCAAUGACUACCUAAAUCACAAGGUCRGGCACGAAAUUCUUAGGUCAUUGGUUCAGCUCUGCCGUUAGCCGUUWGCCGUAAACGUGAUGCUUAAACUCUCUAUUAACUAGACGACAUAUACGCACGGGUGACAUAUAUUAUCAACAACAGCAGUUUCACGUUCUAUMGUUUUUAUAUAGAGAGAGUCUUCUUCAACGCAUUCAUUGGCUAUGAGCUGGUGAAAAAAAACCCUAUACUAAUGCAAGUGACAAGACGAAAGCCAGGCGAGGAAUGSAUAGCUGAAGAUUACUAAGGAUUCUUUAGUAAUUACCUUUUUUUAGCAUCGAUGUAAAUGCGAAGAAUUGAGAAACGAAAUAAAACGUUUUUAUUGUAUAAA